CACAAACACACACGCUCACCACGUGCCUGGCUGUCUUUCCGUCUGUUUGUGGACGCUAAAGAAGAGGAGAAGAUCCACCAUCCAAACAGCUGAAGCUCUCACCUGAAAAUUUGUGCCAUGGAUGCUGCAGAGUUUCGGCGCAGAGGAAGGGAGAUGGUGGACUAUGUGGCUGACUACCUGGAGAACAUAGAACAGCGACCAGUCUACCCAGAUUUGGAACCCGGGUACCUUCGUUCCUUGAUCCCCACUGAGGCCCCAGUGGAGCCUGAGAAUUAUGAGGAUAUCAUAAAAGAUGUGGAGAGGGUCAUAAUGCCAGGGGUCACCCACUGGCACAGCCCAUAUUUCUUUGCCUACUUUCCAGCUGCUUCUUCUUACCCUGCCAUGUUGGCUGACAUGCUGUGUGGAGCCAUUGGCUGUAUUGGAUUCUCCUGGGCUGCUAGUCCAGCCUGCACAGAGCUGGAGACAGUGAUGCUAGAUUGGCUUGGGAAGAUGCUGCAACUGCCUGAGUGUUUCAUAGCCGGGACUCACGGUCAUGGAGGAGGUGUCAUCCAAGGCACCGCCAGUGAGGCGACCCUGAUGUCCUUGCUCGCUGCCCGUUGUAAAGCAGUCCGCCGGGUUCAGGUCUGCCAGCCUGGAAAAUCAGAGGCUGAAAUCUUAUCCAAACUGGUGGCGUACACCUCUGAGCAGGCUCAUUCCUCAGUGGAGCGUGCUGCUCUGAUUGGAGGAGUGAUGAUGAGGAAGGUUCCUACAGACAACAAAUAUGCUGUCGGAGGGGAUAUGCUCAAGAAGAUGGUGGAGGAGGACAAAGCAGCUGGGCUCAUUCCUUUCUAUUUUUGUGCGACUCUCGGCACCACACCAUCGUGUGCUUUUGAUCACAUCACCGAGCUGGGGCCCAUAUGUAACAAGGAAGACAUGUGGAUGCAUAUUGAUGCAGCAUAUGCUGGGAGUGCAUUUAUCUGCCCUGAAUUUAGGCCUUUGCUGAAUGGCAUUGAGUUUGCAGACUCAUUCAACUUCAACCCACACAAGUGGCUGUUAGUCAACUUUGACUGCUCUGCAAUGUGGGUGAAGAAGAGAACAGACAUUAUUGGAGCCUUCAAGAUGGAACCACUCUACCUGAAACACGAAAACCAAGAGUCAGGCCUGGUCACAGAUUAUAGGCAUUGGCAGAUUCCACUGGGAAGAAGAUUUCGCUCACUAAAGUUGUGGUUUGUCUUCCGUAUGUAUGGACUCCAAGGCCUGCAGGCUCAUGUGCGCAAGCAAGUGGCCUUGGCUAAGGAGUUUGAGAGUCUGGUACGAGCAGACAAGAGGUUUGAGAUCUGCGCUGAGGUCAUCAUGGGACUGGUCUGCUUCAGGCUUAAGGGCUCCAAUGAGCUGAACCAGAACUUGCUGAAAAAGAUCACCAAGAGCAGAGAGAUCCAUCUGGUGCCUUGCCAGCUCUCUGGCCGCUUUGUCCUGCGCUUCGCCAUCUGUGCACGUACUACAGAGUCACGUCACAUCCAACAAGCAUGGCGGCACAUCACGCAGUUGACCUUUGAGCUCCUGCAGGAGCCCAAUCAUUGACCAAAAGGUAGGGGAGGGGCUGUCCACUCUGAUACCUAAGUGAAGACCAAAGUUAGGAAAAAAAUUCUACAUCUUAUGUUGUGGAUGUAAAAUGUCGCAAAGGGAAUGAACAAUGAUUUCGCAGCUCACUUAGCAGUCAAGAGUGUUUGUGUCAGCAGCUAAGUUGUCCAGUCCUGUAAGCAGUGGUCACUAUUUUGCUGAUUUUUUUAUUUUGCAAACUUAUUACACAUCCACAAAAACCCAAAUGUACAUAACAGGAAAGUUCUCCUGCUAUUGAUUAAGCUUUUAUCUCACGCUUUUUAUGUCAUGUCUAUGCUGCUUCUGAGUCUUGUAAAAUCUGGUUUGAGGUGAAGUCAAAGACUGGUUGGGUUGAAGUGGGGUGAGGGUUUUGAGUUCUGCAAAGAAUGUAUUGCACAUUGUGUGUGUGAAUUAAUUUUUGAGUCCAUGUGUGUCUCCAAUAUUCUGUGGUUGCUCAUACAGAAACAGCUUCUUUAUGUUUAGUGAUCCAUUUUAAGUGAAGGAUUAAAAAUGAUUAGAAAUUGAUUGGUUAUGAAAGUGUGAGAAAUAUUAAUUUAUCAUAUUAAUAGUUUGAUUACAUAUUGUAUGUUGGGGGCUUUACAUGUGAGGUUAAAAACCUCUUACAUUGCUCCUAGUUAUCAGGUUAAAUCCCUCAUAUAAGUGCAUUAUUUAUGUAUGGCCUCAUCAACAAAAGCAGUUGUGUUUAAUAUAUAAUGGCAGACAAGAGCCUAUCAAAUCUAAUAUAUCUAAUAUUAUUUUUUUUUUUUACAGAAUUCUUAUUAAUUCAUAUUGUGUCAUAUGCACAGUGAGUCAGUAUUUCCCAAAACUGUUGCACAAGACAAUCACUUUUCCACUGUAAGUCUGUGGAAUGAGAAAGAAGUUAUACACCUUUUGGGGUUUACUGAACUCAUUCCCAGUCAUUAGAAUUACAUAAGGAAUUUGUGACAGAGAUUAAAAAUAAUUGCCCUAUACUAUAUCAUAUUAGGUUUGUGUUGAGAAAAAAAACAUGAUCAAAUGAGCAGAAUUAAAAGAAAGAAAGUCAUGCAAAUAUUGCAUUGCCAGUUCAGCAUUGUGUGUACCACACAUUUAGGAUCCUUCACAUCCACCACAUUAGUCUCUCAUCAUGUAUGUGUAAGUUUAAGCCUCAAGAUAUAAAACAGAUUCUCAUGAUGAACAAUUGUGAUUAAAACAAGAUUGGUCUCUUGCCUGUCGUCCACAACCCCAACAUAUCUUGUCACUGAGUUGUAGAUCGCUGAUCCCCUCACAUUUGUCUGUGACAUCACCACACCUUGUUGUUAAUUCAUAUGAUUGUGUCAAAGCUGCUGUUACUGAUCAAGAUGAUUUAUUUUUUGGCUUGGCUGUGCAUGCAAUGGUAUGGGUUUAUUUGAAUAAAGUCUGCUGUGAAUUGCA